UGUAAGCUGUCACUGGUCCUUAUAACCCCAACAAACAACAACAAACAAGAGUGCGCAUUUAAACCCAUAACACAGCUUAUUUAAACCCAUAAGACAGCGCAUUUAGAGCUCCAAGGAGCUCAACAAGUUGUACAGAGCUUACCAAGUGAGGUGUGGUAGUGAUGCCUAAGGUUCGACGCAGCAGGAAGCCUCCGCCAGAGGGCUGGGAGCUGAUAGAGCCCACCCUAGAGGAGCUCGACCAGAAAAUGCGUGAGGCGGAAACUGAAUCACAUGAGGGUAAGCGUAAAGUGGAGUCGUUGUGGCCAAUCUUCCGCAUCCAUCACCAACGUUCCCGCUACAUCUAUGAUCUUUUCUACCGCAGGAAAGCUAUCAGCCGGGGUGAGACAUUAACAUUAUCUAAUUUAACCUAGUUUAGCUCCUUGCAC